UCCAGUUUUAUUAUGGUUCCGAUGCAGUGGUACGAAAAGACCAAAGAAAACAGAAGUGCGGGCACUUAGCUGUGCAACCCACCGUUGAAUCGUUGUGCUAACCGGCCUGGGCUAGAACUAGUUAGCAAUGGGGAAGAGGAAAGACAUGAUGAUCCAUCCACGGUACCUUAUAGGGGAGCGUGGUGAGCUGGGAGUUUAUAACGCCCACCGCAGCAAGAAGCACAAAAAGCACAAAAAGCACAAGAAGAAGCACCACCGCGAGGAGAGCUCGCCAGACGACUCAGACUCCGGCCUGCCCAUCAUCGUCAAGCCGCCCCCGCAACUCAAGCUGAAGAUCAAGCUUGGAGGACAAACGCUGGGAACUAAAAGUGUGCCCACCUUCAGCGUAGUCUCCGAAGCCCCCCGUUCUCCCUCUCCACUCAUGAUUGUGGACGAUGAAGAUGAUGAUGACGACGAUGACGAUGAUGUCGACGACGACGAAGAGGAUGAUGAUGGCGAUGGUGAUGAGGAGGAGGAGGAUGAUGAUGACAACGAUGAUGAUGAUGAUGAUGAUGAUGAGGAAGACGACGACGACGAAGAAGAGGAGGAGGAGGAGGAGGAGGAACCUUCAGAAGGAGUCCCCAUCGAGCAGUACAGAGCCUGGCUAGAUGAGGACAGUAACCUGGAGCCUGGUUCUCUGGGUGAGCUGAACUCCGGGUCUCUGCUGGGCCCCAUGGACGAGGAGGAGCGCUGGCUGGACGCGCUGGAGAAAGGGGAGCUGGACGACAACGGGGAGCUCAAGAAGGAGAUUGACGAAUCACUGCUCACCGCACGACAGAAAGCGCUCCUCCAUAAACAGCAGUGCCAGCCGCUGCUGGAGCUCCCCAUUGGCCUCCAGGUGAAGGAGCCCACGGCGGAGAUGCUGCGCAAGCGCGAGGAGAGGGCUCGGCAGCGGCGCCUGCAGGCGGCGCGCAAGGCAGAGGAGAGCAAGAACCAGACCAUCGAGCGGCUCACCAAGACCACCACCACCAGCAGCAAGACCAAGGCCAAGGGACGCAGUGGCGGCCGGGGAGCAGCCAGCACAGAGCGCCGCACCAAGCAACAGGUGCAGACGCAGAUCCCCACGGUGCGCUACCGCAGCUCCCUGGCGGACGGCAACAGCAUCUCCUUCCCGGCCUCCGUGCCCUUGCCCCAGUUCGCCCCUCCGUGCCCCCCACCGCCCCUCUCCCGGCCCAGCUGCGGGGUGCGGGGCUGCCCCAACCCCAAGCGUUACGCCUGCUCCAAGACCGGGGUGCCCCUCUGCAGCCUGGAGUGCUACAAGAAGAACAUGAUGACAAACACACUGAUGCAGAUACAGGCGCCACGGGAGGUGGUAGCGUGAAGAUUUGUGUGGAGCUUAAGUGUGUGUGUGUGUGUGCGUGUGUGUGUGCGUGCGUGCGUGUGCCUUUCAGUUUAUUUGGGUAUGUGUUUGUGUGUGUGUAAGAUGCAAGUGGUGUGUGUUUUAACAGAAAAAGCCUUGGUAUGUGUAUGUGUUUAAAGAUGAACCUUUAUGGAGGAUCUGAACGUGUGUGUGUGUGUGUGCGUGUGUGCGCGUGUGUGUGUUGGAGAGGAUCACAAUUGUGUGUGUGUGUGUGGUGGAGAUUGUAUGUACUGUAUGUAAUUGUGGGUAUAUCAAGGAAUGGGCCUCCAGAUUUACUCAUUGGCAAACACAUACAUGUGCCCCACUGAAAGCAUGGCACAGAACAAUUCUUCAGUAUGUGUGCUUAACAGGAAGAUGAAAUGACGAGAAGGCGUGCCUAACAAUUAUCAUUCCUGUGUGUGUGCGCGUGCGUGCGUGCGUGCGCGUGCGUGCGUUUGCAAUGUGUGGAGAGUAUGAGGAAGUAUGGGUGUAGCUUACCUCAUAGGUUUGGUCACAGACAGUGCUAUCUGUCAACUGUAAAUAUCUGAUAUCAAAAACCCGUCAUUUUAUUUAUGGCUCUAUGGUGGCAUUAUUGUCCAUCUCCACAUCUCUCAUAUUAUUAUUUUACUGGCAAACACAAUUAUGGACGAGAUAAGAUUCUUUUGCUACUUUGUCAGAUAAACGGCAAAAACGCUGAAGUGUAUUUAUUAUUUUCUGUAUUUGCAAGGCAUUGCAACGCCACAGUCGAAACAAAGUUAUUUUUGUAGAAAAAAAAAAGAAUAAACGAAAAAAAUAAUACAAAGAAAUAAACAUUCUUUUUUUCCCG